AUGCCUGAUAUGUUUCCCCAAUUUCAAAGUGAGCAUUUGGGUCCAGAACAGCAGCUUGUUCCUCGAUUGAAAUCAUUACCUGAUACACCACAAGGAUUACCAACUGAAUUUUUAACCCAGUUAAUUCAACGUUUUGAUGAAGACGGACUUGAUAUGAUUUUAGGUCCUGUAUUUGUCGAAAUUUCUAAUGAAAUUCGUAUGGGGAACAUACUAAGUGAUAAUAAGAGUAGUAUGCAAGCUAUAUCCUUUUUAUGUGAAAAUAAAUCUGUUGCAGCUAUGGUAUCGAGCCUUUCUGAAUUUAAUCCAUCUAAUGCUUUAGCAAAUAACAUAGAAGAUAUAUCACUGUUAGGUCCAUUUUUCAAAUUAAGUGCAUAUCCAGAUGCAGCACCAAAAGUAGCUGAAUCUUAUUUCCAAAAUACUGAAACAAGAAAUGCUGCAGAUCUUCUUUCAUGUAAAAAUGGUCUUCGUGGUAGUGUUCAAAAUAUCCAAAAAUUCAUGUUUUCUAUUUGUAAUUCUAUAGUCAGAGCCAACGCAGAAUCAAGAAAUCAGCUAUUAGAAUAUUUUGGACAUAUAGUUCGCUUAAAUGAAAAAAGAGCACAAAUUCAGGUUGAUCCUCAAACUAUUUCUUCAGAUGGAUUUAUGCAUAAUAUUGCUGCUGUUCUAUUAGCCUUUUGUGAUCCAUUUUUAGACAUUCGUGCGUCUAAAAUUGACAAGAUUGAUUCUUCAUAUUUCAGGACUAGUAAGAGAUUAGAUGUAGCAGAGGAAACAAAAAUUAAUGCUACGAAAGAACAAUCAGACGCUUAUUAUAGACAAGUACAAGAGUUAAAAAAUCACAAUUUUAUUACGGAAAUUUUCUUUUUAACACUUUCGUUCAUGCAUUAUGGUCCCAUUCGAGCUUUUGUCAAUUUCAAUGAAUUUAUUCGAGAAUAUAAUGAAGUUAAAAAGCAAGCAGACAAAGCACAGCAAGACGCACUUCGUACUGCUAAUACACCUCAAGGCAUGAUGAGUGAUUUUGUUGCAAAGAGAUUGAAAGCAAAAUACGAUCAAAUGACUAUGUUUCGUUUAGCCUAUGAAACAAUGGUUUUAGAUCCAAUCUUUUUGGCCGAAGCUUUACGAUUUUAUGAUUUAGUAAUGGCUUGGAUCAUACGUAUUGCUGAUCCUCAACAUAAGCAUCCUUGGGAAAAGAUUAAAUUACCACUUCCAGAUGCUGUACCCGAGACUUUUGCUAUGCUUCCUGAGUGGAUUAUUGAAGAUAUUGUUGAAUUAUAUAUAUUUAUUGGAAAAUAUGGAUAUGAGACCCGUGUGAUGAUGCAAUGCCCUCAUGAUGAACUAGUUACUUUUAUUAUAACUUUCUUGAGAAACUCAAAGUAUGUAAAGAAUCCUUAUUUAAAAGCCAAAUUAGUAGAAGUCUUGUUCUUCUUUACAUACCCUAUUGCUAGAGGGGUUCCUGGAGAAUUAGAAGCUAUCCUUAACUCACAUCCAUUGGCUUUAGAUCAUUUGGUACCUUCAUUAAUGAACUUUUAUGUGGAGGUUGAGCAAACUGGAGCUAGUUCACAGUUUUAUGAUAAAUUCAAUAUUCGUUAUAAUAUUAGUCAUAUCAUGAAGACUAUUUGGAACCAUCCAGCACAUCGUGCCAAAUUAAGAGAAGAAAGCCAGAAUUCUGAAACUUUCACUCGCUUUGUUAAUAUGUUAAUGAGUGACGUUACUUACCUUAUGGAUGAGAGUUUGAGUAAACUAUCUGAAAUUCAUCAAAUUCAAUUAGAAAUGAGUGAUAAAGCUUCUUGGGAAGCAAAAACACCUCAAUACCGUCAAGAACGCGAAGGCAAUCUCUACUCUUUAGAAAGACAAGCUCAAUCCUACGUUGCUCUCGGUAACGAAACCGUUCAUAUGCUCAAGUAUAUGACAGCAGAAGUUACCAAACCUUUCUUAGUGAAUGAAAUUGUAGAUCGUUUAGCAGCCAUGUUAGAUUAUAAUCUAGUACAGUUAGUGGGCCCUAAAUGCACUGACCUUAAAGUAGCUAAUCCUGAAAAAUAUUACUUUCAACCUCGUAAACUUUUGUCUGAAAUUAUUGAUAUUUAUCUUAAUUUGAAUUCUCAAACAUUUGUAGAGGCAGUCGCUCGAGAUGGUCGAUCCUAUCGUAAAGAGUAUUUCUCAAAGGCUGCCUCUAUUUUACAAAAGCAUGCCUUGAAAUCUAUGGAUGAUAUUUCUGCACUUGAAUCAUUUGUAAAUCGUGUUGAAAUAGCUGUACAAAGUGGAGUAGAGGAAGAAGAAGAAUUAGGCGAAGUCCCUGACGAAUUCUUAGAUCCUAUUUUUUUCACAUUGAUGGAAGAUCCUGUUUUACUACCUACAUCCAAUGUUAUUGUCGAUCGCAGCACUAUUCGUGCUCAUUUACUUGGUGAUACGCGCGAUCCUUUCAAUCGUAUGCCAUUAACAAUGGAUAUGGUUCAACCAGGUAAAUUACUCUUCUUUUUUUUUUUCUUUAAUUCAAAGAUAUAA